CCUCCAGCCGGCUAGCCGCAGCGUUAGUCCGGUGCAUAAAAUGAGGCGACCGUCAGCAUUUUGGGACGCUGUGUGGCUGUUUGGAUUUUGCUGAUGCAUGAGGAGUCGAUAUUGUUUUUAUGAGAUCUCUGUCAAGGAGGUCAAAAUCAGUACAGGGAAUGGACGAGCAGAAAUCAAACUGCGAGGAGAAUGACUCUGAACCAACAGCUGAUGACAAUGCCACUGCAAAGCAACUUGUCUCCUCUGAGGAGUCCAAGGCCCUUCCUGCUGCAGAGGAUGAGUCUGGUGCUAAUGCAGCCUCUUCCAGCACACCUGUAGAGAGAGUUCGUGCCUGUGCGCUUUGUAACUGUGUAGAGCGGAGCCUGCAUGGACAGCGGGAACUGAGACAAUUUGGGCCAUCUUCUGAUCAACCAUCCCUCAAGCCAUCAGCUUCCCCACUGCCACAGCCCGGAAAUGACGACCUGUCUUCCAUUGGAUUUUUGGAGUCCUCUUGUCUGACGGCACUCCUUGAUGAUUCAGGGGGUUACUGGGUUCAUCACUGGUGUGCGGUGUGGUCGGAGGGAGUGAAGCGGACUGAGGAUGAGAAGCUGGAGAACGUGGAUAAGGCCGUUAUCUCAGGGACACAGCGGCUUUGCGAAUACUGCAAAAGGCUGGGUGCAACCAUUCGAUGCCAUGCUGAGGGCUGCUCACGGUUCUACCACUUCCCCUGCUCAGCAGCCAGUGGAUCAUUCCAGUCCAUGAAGCAGUUGGUCCUCCUCUGUCCAGAGCACAUAGACAAGGCAGAGGAGCUGGCUGGUGAGGAGGCAUGGUGUGCUGUGUGUGACUCAGCGGGGGAGCUCUCGGAUUUGCUAUUCUGUACGGGUUGUGGCCUACAUUAUCAUGCUGCCUGUCUGGAGAUUGGUGCCACGCCCAUCCAGCGGGCCGGAUGGCAGUGCCCAGAGUGUAAAGUGUGCCAGACUUGCAGACAACCAGGGGAAGACUCCAAAAUGUUGGUAUGUGAUGCCUGUGAUAAGGGAUACCACACCUUCUGUCUUCAGCCAGCCAUGGAUUCUGUUCCCUCUGACCCAUGGAAAUGCAGAAGGUGUCGUGUCUGUAUGGAGUGUGGUGUCCGAGGACUAGUGCUGCCAGGUUCUGCCCAGUGGUUUGAUAACUACGCCGUGUGUGAGGGAUGCCAGCAUCACCGCAGCUCUGUGUGUUGCGUAUGUAGCAAAGCUUCCAACCCAUCUGUUGCUCUGCAGUGCUGCAGCAUGUGCCACAGGCGGGUGCACAGUGAGUGUGCUUUACUGGGUCAAUCUCCAGAAGCCAAGUACAUUUGCCUGCUUUGCAAGGAGGAUCAGCAGCAGCCUGUUGCGCAACCAAACACUGCAGAGACACAGACCAGAGAGGCAUCUGAGGAUACUGAGGGACAAAUGAAACUGAUGAAGAUGACAAUCCAAAUGGAUGCAGACAUGGUGGCAGAAAAGCAGAUAGAUUUAUCAGACGGGACACCAGGACAGACAGAGAUUGGUCAGGCUGAAUGUACGGCUGAAGAAGAGACACCAAUGGACUUGGGGGUGGAGUCUGCAGAUGUUGGAGAAAAAACCAUGGAGGGUCAGCCACAGGUUGCAGCAGAACAACUCGAUUCUGAGGCGUCAGCUGCUCCAAGUGAGUCUACAGAACAGGGGGCCCCUUGUCUACCUGCUGAUGAAGAGAGAGCAGAGGAGGCACUCAGCCAGAUGACCCAGGCCACCCCUUCUCAGGACCCCAAAGCAGCAACACAGUCUGACAACAACCCUAAAGCAGAACCACCACUGGUGUCACAGCAGGGCUCUGAAAAUAUGGAGGUGGAGAAGCAAGAGGCCCCUCCCCCAGUUGAACACAAGCUAUCACAAGAGUUAUUAAAGAGUGGAUCUGAUGACAUGACUGUUGCAGAACAAUUCAGUAAUGAUCCACAAAAGUUACCAGCUUCUCCAAACUCUGUGAUCAAAACGGAGCCUUUGUCCAUUGAUGAUAAGCAGGAAAGAAGUCCAUGCCAGGAGCCCCAGUUUCCUACUCGUUCUUUAUCAGUAGACACACAAGAGGCACUGUCUGCUGCGGACAUGGAUGGGAGGUUACUACCUCACUCUGAAGAAGAGGAUGAGGAAGAGGAUGAUGAGCAGAUGAAAGGAGAUGGACAUAAUGAGGACUUAAAGCAGGAAUUACAAGAGGUUAAGCCAGAAUUGCUGCUGGAUGAAAUGUCCAAUAUGAGCCAUGGAGAUGAGAGCAGCAGCGGCUUUCUGGGCUCUCCAGGAGAACCUGAUCCUCAGCUGUCCAUGGAGCUUGGCCUUGUAUCCGCUGGCCGCUCACAUCCAGAUAAUCUGCUCACUGAGACUGAUGACUCACUUCCCUUCGAACCCCUCAGAAGUGAUAGAGAGAAGGCAAAACGUAGAGGAUCUCCAGGCCGCUCAAGAGUCAAACAGGGGCGAAGCAGUAGUUUCCCUGUGAAGCGUAGACCACGAGGGGGUGGUGGAGGCAGAGGGCGUGGCGGGAGGUCUCGCCUCAAAGCCAUGGCCUCCUGCAUUGAUGCCUUCUUGCUAAGCAUGACCUUAGACACUGGAAUAAGUAAGGAAGAGGAUGAUGAGGAAGAUGACACCAUGCAGAACACAGUGGUUCUAUUCUCAAACACUGAUAAAUUUGUCCUGCUGCAGGAUAUGUGUGUUGUGUGUGGCAGUUUUGGAAAGGGUGCAGAGGGACAGUUGCUGGCUUGUGCUCAGUGUGCCCAGUGUUAUCAUCCUUACUGUGUGAACAGCAAAAUCACCAAGACGAUGCUCCGUAAGGGCUGGCGCUGUUUGGAAUGUAUUGUGUGUGAGGUGUGUGGAAAGGCUUCAGACCCCUCCCGUCUGCUGCUGUGUGACGACUGUGAUGUCAGCUAUCACACCUACUGCUUGGACCCACCCUUGCACACCGUACCCAAGGGUGGUUGGAAGUGCAAAUGGUGUGUGUGCUGUGUACAGUGUGGCUCCGGCUCACCGGGUUUCCACUGUGAGUGGCAGAACAACUACACACACUGUGGCCCCUGUGCCAGCCUCGUCACCUGUCCGGUAUGCCGAGAAAACUUCAUGGAGGAGGAGCUUCUACUGCAGUGUCAGUACUGCGAUCGAUGGGUCCAUGCUGUCUGUGAGAGUCUGUACACAGAGGAUGAGGUGGAACAGGCUUCUGAUGAGGGCUUUGCAUGCACGUCCUGUACCCCUUAUGUUCCAAAACCUGUGGUAGUAGAGUCCGCCAUUAUGGCUUCAAUAAAGAUCAAAGAGCCAGAACCGCAGUUCUACCGGCUGGAGGGUGUUUGGCUGACGGAGUCGGGUAUGUCCCUGCUCCGCAGCAUCUCCAUGUCUCCUCUGCACAAGAGACGGCAACGUCGCUCCCGUCUUGGCACUCUUUGCUGUGAUGGAGGUCCUGAUGGAAUGGAUCUAAGGGAGGCUGAUGGAGAAGGAGAGGAUGGAAAAGGCUGUGGGGAACCCAUGGAAUGUGAAACCAAGAUGGAGCAACCUGGGAGCCCUGACAGAGAAGGUGGUGCUGAGAGGGAUGGAGGUGCAGAUGGCAUGGCUGACUGUGAUGGACUGAAAGGAGGCGCAGAGGAGACAGAUGACAGCAAAAAAAGAAAGCGGAAACCUUACAGGCCUGGAAUUGGAGGCUUUAUGGUGCGACAAAGGAAAUGUCACACACGGAUGAAGAAAGAAUUUUUUGCCCAGCUGGCUGGAGAGACUACGUUAGAUGGACAGCCAAUAGAGCGAACCAUUGAAGGUGGACCCCACCCUGACACGGAUAACAUAAUGGAUCCCAAACCAGUGGAGGGUGAGGAACAGGCCAAGAAACGCCGUGGUCGGAAGAAGAGCAAACUUGAGGACAUGUUUCCAGCUUAUCUUCAGGAGGCUUUCUUUGGAAAGACACUAAUAGACUUGAGCAAGAAAGCUGUGAUGAUCGCUCCAGGGCAGAGGCCAGGUGCAUGCCUUGUCCGACCUUCAUUAGCAGCACCAACAGGGGUCAAAACUGCUACCCCAGAGAUAGCUGAGGCCAAGGAUCGGAUGGUGGAAGGUAAUAUUCCUCUCAAGCAAGAGGGGGGUGAGGCCCCCCAGGCUCAGGGAGACGGUGGAGGUAUUCCUACACCAUCCUCUUCACUGAAGGACCAGGUGUCAACUGACCCUCAAGACUCUGAUGCAGAAAAAAGUGAAGGUCUUCCACAAGGAGUGGAGAGUCAGGACUCUGAGCAGUUCUUCAGGAAGGUUUUGGGAGUGUCAGAUGGCUCCUCUUUGGGGGGCAUGAAGCCCAUCUUGGAGGGCAGUAAGGGAGAACUCAAUCGUAGCACUCUGCCACAGAGAGCUCUCCUCUCAGGGUCCCUGCCCUCAGCUGGAAUGAUGGAUGCCUUUCCUGGUCUCUCUCAGUCACCAUUCUUUGACAUGCGGGACAGAGGAGGGCUCUUCAGUCCUGAUGGGGGCGAGGAGAGCCCCUGGGCCACUCCCUCUACCCCAGCAACCCCUUCCUCUCCACCAACCCCCACAGAGGCAGAGGGUGAUGGGCUGUCUUACAACCAGCGCAGUCUCCAGCGGUGGGAGAAAGAUGAGGAGCUGGGAGAGCUGUCAACCAUUUCCCCUGUUCUUUAUGCCAAUACCAACUUCCCUACUCUCAAACAGGACUAUCCAGACUGGGCUAGUCGCUGUAAGCAGAUCAUGAAGAUCUGGAGAAAGGUGUCGGCUGCAGACAAGGUUCCAUAUCUGCAAAAGGCCAAAGAUAACCGAGCAGCACAGAGGAUCAACAAGGCACAGAAGCAGGCAGAGUCUCAGGUGUGUCGGCCGAUCAAGACAGAGCCAGGACGUGUGAAAGGAGAACGACCGAGUUUACACCUCCAGAUCCCUCCACCUUCAGGCUCUGCAUCAGUCUCUUCCCAACCCAGCUCUGCCGAAAGCCCAUUUCCAUUUCCUCCAGAUUCAGGAUCAUCUUCUGUCUUUUUCUCAGAUGGACCUGUUAAGACUCCAUUGUCAGCUGAAAUCCGGACAGAUCCCUUGGCCAAGCUUCCUCCUCAAUCACCUCACUCUCAUUCACAUCCAACCACACCCUUCUCUCAUGCUGGGGCCAGCCCCUUACAGGCCUCUUCCUCAGGUUAUUCCGCUUCCGGCCCACAGGGUCCUCCUCAGGGACGGCCAGCCAGUCUUGGCCCUUUUGACAUGCAACCAGGAACUCCUGGAACCCCCAGACGGGCUCAGCAGGUUGACCCCUACUUCAGAUCACAGCUGCAGCAGCAACAGAGUCAUCUACCGCAGUCACAGCAAGGCUCUCAGGAGUCCCUAGGACCUCCAGAAAGUCCUCAUUCAAGAGGUCCUGGCCUUGGGGAGUCACCCAUCUUCUCACCACCCCACACACCCCACUAUGGAGACCCUUUCAGAGCCCAGCAAGGGAUGGGACGGUCAGAAUAUGGUUCAUCUCCUUCACCUUCUGCAGUGGCUUCCUCACCUGUAAGCACAGGGCAGUACAGGGCUGAUAUGAGUGCACCUUCUCCACGCUCCUCUGCAGUUGGAAGACAUGAGCUGUCUACUGGCUCCCCUGCUGGGAUGCUGGAGUCUGGGGAUGGUUUAUUCAAGGCACCCAUGACCCCACGGAUGCACCAAGGGGAGAGUGGUGCACUUCAUCCCGGAGCUUCCCCUAGUCAUCCUUCUGAAGGAUACAGGCAGUCUCCCUCCCACACUUUCUCUGACCCCCAUGCUCAUGCACCGCUAACUCCCAGGCCGCAGUCAGGUGACAAUUGUUCCCUUGGACCUCAGAGACACCCUCAGCAGGAACAAUGUCCUCGAGUGCCCUCCAGCCCACAGUCCCAGGGCAGCUCUCAGUCUCCUCACACUCCUUGUGGCCUGUCCAAUGAUGCUUACUCUGUCCAGUCUCCUGCUACCCCUCGUUUUCAAUCCCCAGACCAUUGUUCUCAACCACCUUCCAGGCCACAAUCAAGGGACCCUUUUGCUACUGUCCACAAACCUCUUCGCACUCCCUCUCUUGCUCCAGAGGGAACUACAAACUACAAAACGUCACCUCAUCCUAACCAGCCACCUCCAGGCCAUUCCACCAACAGUUCCAUAGGCGAUCCUCUCUCUGGUAAACCAUCAGCACCUCCUACUUUCAGUCGCAGCCCCAGCACAGGAGGCUUCCAAAUAACUCAACAGCAGACUCAGAUGGCACAGGGUCAGCUUCAGCAACAACAGCCACAAGCUCAGCUGACUUUGGGAGCAGACAACCUCAGUUCCAGGGUACCAGCUCCUUCUGGAUCUCAAGAACUACCAGCUGUUAACCCUCAAGACAUACCUCAUCCACCGUCUUUGCCAGGCACUCAAGAAAUGCCUGACAUUUCAGCAGUACAGGACCCUUCGUUAGUCGGACUCAGCCCAUCUGAGCUGGAGAAGCACAGACAGCGUCAGAGACUGAGGGAAUUCUUAAUCAGACAACAAAUGCAGAGAAAUUCCAUCAGACAAGAGAAGGAAGCUGCUGCUGCUGCUGCUGGCAGUGCAUCCCCUGGCUGGUCUGGAGGAGAGAUGGGAGCCUUUCAGCAAGAUAAGGCACACAGAGCACCACCUCCUUAUCCACAGGAUCGUGUUGCUGCUGCUACUGCUGGAGCUCAGGCUUCUGUGGCAGGGAAGAUGCCCUUGGCUCCUGGAGGCAUGGAUGAUAAGCUUAUUCGCCCACCACCUCCAGGAACCCCUGCAAUGGUGGAUCCUAGCACACUAAGGCUACCAGGGCCCGCCAGACCUCAGGGCAUGUUUUCCCGUCAACCAUUCCCUCCUCAAUGGCAGGGUCAGGCUCCAGGUCCGAGGAGAUUCCCCCAGCCUGGCAUGGAGGCUAUGGGCAUAAGGCACAAUCUUAAUCCUGCUGUCAACAUCCAGGGUAUGGAAGGCAUGGGUACCCCUCACACCAUGAUGGCCGGACAUGGAGGAGAGACCAUGCAGCCACUUGGUCAAGGACCCCCACCGCAAUUCAUUGAAUUAAGACACAACUCUCAACGGCUACCUUUACGACCGCAGUUUAUGCCCCGAGGACCCCAGCCAAGACCACGACUCUUUGCCCCACAGCAAGAGAUGGCAGCACCUUAUGCUCAACAACAUCCCAUGGCUCAACCUGGUGGCAUUCAAACAGAGGGAAGCAGUGACUCACAGCUGGGGCUACCACAGGGUGGACUCUCAGUGUUACUGCCUCAGCAGUCUACAGGAUCGGGAACACAACAGCCUCACCUGCAGCCUCAAGCAGCUACUUCCACUCCAAACGCUCGAAAUACUGAACAGCAUCGGCUCCCACAACCAAGCCUAGUCACAGGACCUCAGCCUGCAGGGGUAGAAAACAGUGAGGAACUACCAGAGCCUGACCUUGAGGGGCUAGGCGAUGCUCCAGGAGAUGGAGGUGUGGAAGAUGAGGAUGAUUUGGCUUUGGACUUGGACCCUGACAAAGGAGAUGAUGACUUGGGUAACUUGGACAACCUUGAAACCAAUGAUCCACAUCUGGAUGACUUGCUUAACAGUGAUGAGUUUGACCUGCUGGCAUACACUGACCCUGAACUUGAUCAAGGAGAUCCUAAAGAUGUCUUUUCAGACCAGCUACGGCUGGUGGAAGCAGAAAGUGAAGCACCUUCAUCUUCCUCUGGAUCUGCACAUGCUAAAGUGGAGGAGAAAGCAAAGUUGGAGCCAGGGCAGAAGCCUCCUACUGCAACCGAUGCUUCUGCACGGAAGUCUACUACCCAGCUGACGACUGCUGCAGAAACUGCUGAUAUUUCCAAAGUCAAAGUAGAAGACAGAGGUCUAACGCCUCAGCUGCAGCCCGGCCAGACUGAGGUGAAAGAUGAAAUGGGAGAAGCCGUGUCAAUGCUUCUUGGUGGGCCUGCACCAGCAGCCAAGACUGCACAAACAGAAAAUCAGUCAGCCUCACUUAGUUCUGUUCGAUUGGGCGGACUUCCAUACCCUUUACCAGGCCAAGCUGAUCCAUUGCCUUUUCCUCCAGCUGCUACACAUGGAGUUAUAGGUGAUGAUCCACUAGGGCUACCUGAUGUAGGGGGGCAGCACUCCCCUGCAGUAGACUUGGCAAAGGUAGAGAGCUCUUUAGAGGGUGAACUGCCUCUUUUAAUACAAGAUCUCCUCGAGCAUGAGAAGAAAGAACAACAGAAACAGCAACAGCUCAGUUCUCUGCACCAGGGAGGAAUGGCAUCUCAUUUUUCUGGCCUCCCAAGUCAACAUCCGAACCCACAGGCACCUGGGCAAAUAAUGCUGCCACACCACCAUCGUCCACCACCUCAAGGAAUGAUAGCUCAGCCAGGAAUGGUACCCCGUGUUCCACACAUGAUGCAGCAGCAGCAAAGGCUUAUGGGACCAGGAAUGGUACCUCCACCUCACAUGGCCAUGGCCCAGCAACAAGCCAUGAUGAGGGCGGGGCAGCCGGGGAUCCAUACAGGUCUUGGACAUCAACCGCAACCACAGCAGCAGCCAGUGGUUAAGCAGUCACCUCUGGCCAACAGUUUCUUUCCAGAUAAAGAUUUGGACAAAUUUGCUACUGAUGACAUCAUGGAUCCCAUUGCCAAGGCAAAGAUGGUGGCACUUAAGGGUAUUAAGAGAGUGUUGGCGCAGGAUCCAAUGGUUGUUCCCACUGGCAUUAACAGGCAACAAGUUUCUCUGCUUGCUCAGAGGCUGGCGUCUGCCCCAGGCACAGAUCCAGGUCAGCUUACAUCUGGACCUCCAAAGGAGGGAGAAACAAGUGAUCCUACUCAGUCAAGACCUAACCCUCCCCAGUUUGUGCAAGGAAUCAUCAAUGAUGCAGAACAGCACCAAUAUGAAGAAUGGCUUCUUCAUACCCAGCAGUUACUUCAAAUGCAGUUGAAGUUUUUGGAGGAACAGAUUGGAGUACACCGCAAAUCCCGCAAGGCACUGUGCGCUAAGCAACGCACUGCCAAGAAAGCUGGCAGGGAAUUUGCGGAAGCAGAUGCAGAGAAACUGAAGUUGGUUACAGAGGAGCAAAGCAAAAUUCAAAAACAGCUUGACCAGGUGCGCAAGCAACAGAAGGAGCACACCAAUCUUAUUGCGGAGUACAGAAGCAAGCAGCAGCAGCAUCAGCAGAGCUCUGGACUUCUUACCCCAGGUCAUUCUGCACAGGGAGGUCCUUCUCAUAUGUUUCCCAAGAUGCCUGGCCAGAUGAUGAUGGGCCAGCAGGGAACUCCAGUAAUAGGCCAAAACCCUGGCAUGAUGCCUCAAGGUGGGAUGCCUGUCAGGAUGCCACAAGGGCAGCCAUUUAUUGGAGGGGCCCAACCACAACUUCCUGCUGCUCUUGGAGCCAGUGGUACCAGAGCUCCAGGUCCCCCUGGGGCUCCUGCAGGAUUCUUUCCACAGGGGCCUGGAAUGCAAGGUGCAGACCCCAGGCUUCUGCAAGAAAGACAGCUUCAGCAUAGGAUGCAGAUGGCAAAGCUCCAGCAACAGCAGCAGGCGAUGAUGGGCCAGCAACCAAUGCCACACCCAAAUCAACAGUCUGGUUUAAUCGCUCAACCACAGUCUGGUAUGAUGGGAAACCAGCUCAUGGCCCAACAACAAACAAACGCUCAGCAGGGAAUGCUGGCCAAUCAGGCCAAUCAACAGAACAUGGUGCAGGUUCCACAAGGAAUGGUUGGAGGCCAAUCUGUGGCUCCACCACCCCAGAGCAUGGGAGGUCCGCCCAUUAGCCAUGCUCAGGCUAUGAUGGCAGCUCAGCCAGGAAUGAUGGGGAACCAACCAGUCGCACCAUCACAGCAACAGAGGCCUCAGCUGAUGAUGGGCCAACAGGGUGUGGUUGGAUCUCCAGGUCAUCCCGGACUCAGGGGAUCCCAGGCCCAGUUGACUCCACAACAACAAAACAUUCUGGCUCAACGCAUGCUUGCAUCUCAGCAACAGCAGAAUGUUGCCAAGAAUUUAGUCCACCUCCAACAGCAGCAAAUGGCACAGCAAAGACAACCAACACAGCCUAGCCAAGAGCAAGGAGGGCUCUCCCAACCAUCUACCCCACAGAUGGGCUCCUCGCCUUCAGCAGGAAGUAACACACCCCAACCACAGGGCUCCACAGACAGCCAAAACUCAGGACUUAAAGAAGGUGGAAUCCUUAGCCCUGAUUCAAGAACGCCACCACAGCGGAGUGGACCCUCCACUCCUAAUCAGAUAUCCCAGAUUGGUUCUGCAAAUGAUCAUCAAACUGACGUGGGACGACAACAAUUGCAGCAGCAGCAACAACAGCAUAAAAACCAAGUUUAUUUGGCCCAGCAGCAACAAUCAAAUCCACAGUCUGUGCAUGAGCAACAAGCUGGUUUGGCUGGAAAUCAGCAAACUGGUGUGCUGCAGCAACAACUUCCAAUCACGCUUCAAAGACAAGCUUCUGUCAGUGCUGACAAACCCAGUUUGAUGACUAUUAAAGAAGAGGGGAAGCCGAUCGAUUUCUUGGCUCAACAACAGCAAACUGUACAAAAUGCCACACAACAGUCACAAGAUUCCACCAUGCAGCAGCAGAUCAUAGGACAAAACCAUCCUGGGCAGCCACAGCAAAUUGUGAUGGGCCAUAAUCCACAGCAGCAAGCCCUCAUGGCCCAGCAGCAGAAACAACAGGCCAUGAUGGGCAUGAUGAGAGCCCAGCAACAAGGGAUGAUGGCACAGCGACCUGGGGUUCCUCCUGGACAGAUCCGCACCCCUAUUAACAUCCAGGCUAUCAUUGCCCAGAAUCCUCAGCUCCGCAAUCUUCCCCCAAACCAGCAGAUACAGCACAUCCAGGCCAUGAUUGCGCAGAGACAGCUCCAACAGGGGCAGAUGCUGCGAAUGUCAAUAGGCCAAGGGCAACAAGGUCAGUUGAGGCCACAGGUGUCUCAGGUUGGGCAGCAGAUGCUGGGGAUGGAAGGCCAUCAGAUGCCAUAUGGAGCCAUGGGGAAUCCAGGAGUAGUGGGUAGUCAGCAGCAGUCUGGCAUGUUGGGCCAACAACCUGCUCCUCAGUUACAGCAAGGGCUGAUGGUCCCGGGACAACAACAGCCACAAGUAGGGGAGAUGAUGCCACAACAUGUUAUGAGAGGCCAGGUACCAGUGCCACGUUCCCCCAUGGACCAGGGCCGUAUGGUGAGGCCUGCAUCUCCACGUCAGCCUUUAGCCAACUCUCCUGGCGAUCCACAGCGACACACAUUUAAUCAAGCCAUGGGGAUGCGACCACCCACUCCCAGCCAGAACCAACAACAGGCACUAAUGGCAGCUGCAGCGGGCCGUGUACAGGGCUCUCCUUCACAUGCAUAUUCUCCAAGAGGUCCCUUUGGCAUGAGCCCGGUUCACCCUGCCUCACCCCAUUCAUCACAUGUCUCCUCACCCACUAUAGCGGACAGCAGGGCUGGACGGGGGAGUCCAUACAGCCAAGUCAAGGCAUCCCCACUCAGGUCACCUGGAGCCAAGAGUCCACUUGAUUGUCCAGGGCUAAAAGUCGAAACUCAGACAUCAGGCCAGGAAGCAUCUCAAACAUCUUCAGUUGUCUCCAAUGGGCCACAGAGAGGCAUGAAUGUUCAUCAACAGAUGCAGCAGACUACAGAAGGCCAGGUUUCUCAAACACAACAAGGGGAGCUGUGCAAGAUGACAAUACAGAAUAUCAAACAGGAACCAAGGGAGUUUCAGUGCGACGGUGGAGCAGAGGCUCAUCCUGGGGCUAUAAAACGGGAAGUAACAGGUGAAACAGCUCCUUCUGGGAACAAUACUAGCUUUAUUAAUUCUGGAAACAUGACGAGAGAUCCUGGGAAUCAAGGCCCGAGAUCUGAGACUGGACAGCAACUACUCCAGAAACUCCUGAGAACGAAGAACCUUCAGCUUGGUGCACAGAGGCCGUCUGAAGGUAUCCAUAAUGAGAUCAAUGGUCACAUCAACAGCAAACUGGCAAUGCUUGAGCAAAAACUUCAAGGGACUCCACGAAACAUGGAGGAUUUACAGUCUAUAACAAAAAGGGCUCCUGUACAAAAGCCAAAGCGCACUAAUAAGGCAGCUGGAGACCGAGGGCCAGCCUCACGGAAGAAGAAUAAGAAAGAAGAAGUUGGAAAAAGUGCUGAGGCCCUGAUAAAACAACUCAAACAGGGUCUCUCUCUGCUGCCUUUGAUGGAGCCUUCGAUCACCGCCAGUCUGGAUCUUUUUGCCCCUUUUGGAAGCAGCCCAGCGAAUGGCAAAGCCCAACUCAAAGGAUCAUUUGGAAAUGCAGUGCUGGACAAUAUCCCAGACUACUACUCUCAGUUACUUACUAAGAGCAACCUCAGCAACCCUCCAACACCUCCAUCCUCAUUGCCACCUACUCCUCCACCAUCUGUGCAGCAUAAGCUGCUGAAUGGCGUGACUCCUGGGGAGGACCUGUCUGAGAGUCAGAAAGAAACAGAGCCAGCAGAAGAGCCAAUGGAUUCUGUUACAGAUGAGGUGAAAAGCGUAGACAUCCUAGCUGCUCUCCCCACCCCACCCCAUAACCAGAAUGAGGACAUCAGAAUGGAAAGUGAUGAUGAGGAUGCUCCAGAAAGCAUCAUUCCAGCCUCAUCCCCAGAGAGUAAUGUAGGAGAUGAAACGCCGCGUUUUCCUCACCUGCGGGAGCCUAAAGAGGAGGAGACGGAGAGAGCAAUAUCCCCCAUCAUACCCCUCAUACCUCGAACUGCCAUCCCAGAAUUCCCAGAAAAUAAACCUUUUGAAGCACCUGACAGCAAAGCAGUUUCCACAUCCAACCACUGGGAUAAGGCCAAAAACAAUGAAGUGUCUGUUACCUUCACACUGUCUUCUGCUGCAGCCAAGAAACUGAAUCACGUGAUGAUGGCUAUGGCCCGGCUGCUUAACAUUAGGAUGCCUGGUACUUAUGAGGUCACUUUCCCGACACAAAGCCCUGACAUGCCUGGCGUGGAUGGGACUGGGAAAGCUCCUGGUCAGUCCGGGUCGCUGUGUCCUAAAGACAGUGCUUCACCUGGUCAGGAUGAGUGGCUGAGGCAGUUUGAUGUGUCUCUACCGGGCUGUACACUGAAGAAACAGGUGGACAUUCUGGCACUUAUUAAACAGGAAUUUCCUGAGAAGGAAGACCAACCAGUCCAGCACUGUUACACAGCCAAAGUAAAUGAUCUGGAUGUGCGCCACCUUCCUGUUAUACCAGUGGAAGAGUCCCCACCCCCAUCUCCUUUUCAGCCUCCCCCAUCUCUCCCAGCUACAGCGAGUGAAGCCGAACCUUCGAAAGUUUCAGCUUCUCCACCCCCCCCACCAUCCAGUCCCACCAAUGUUCAGACCAAGACUGAGCCUCAGCAGGAUGUUGAUCCUCCUGUUGAAGCUGCUCAACCGACUGAAAUCACAGAGUCCCAAGAUGCUGCUGCACCAGAACCACCCACUGAUCCAACAACUGCCCCUGCAGUUCCAGAUCCCCCCGCUCCUACAGAAGAUCUUCCGAUUCCUGUUAUCAAGGAGGAGGACGUUCCCGCUGAUUCGGCCGAACCUCCGAAGGAUUCUCCCAGCACCGUAGAGUCUUCUCCGAAGGCUUUGAAGCAACGCAGGCCUCUCUCACCUGAUGAAGAGGUGGUGCACCCCAAACUGAAGAAAUGGAAGGGGAUCCGAUGGAAGCGGCUUCAGAUUGUCAUAACAAUACGCAAGGGUGGGUCUAAGAAAGAGAGCAGCCGUGAAGUGUCUGAGCUGAUGGAACGGCUGCGCAUCACUCUUCGACCAGAAAAGCUGCCGCGGGAUAAGCGCAAAUGCUGCUUCUGCCACGAGGAAGGCGAUGGCGCCACUGAUGGGCCUGCACGUUUGCUGAACAUCGACGUGGACCUGUGGGUGCACCUUAAUUGCGCUCUGUGGUCCACGGAGGUGUAUGAGACGCAGGGGGGAGCCCUCAUCAAUGUGGAGGUAGCCCUGCGUCGCGGAUUGCGGACUCUGUGUGCGUACUGCCAGAAGACUGGUGCCACCAGCAGCUGCAACAGACUGCGCUGCCCGAAUGUCUACCACUUUGCCUGUGCCAUCCGGGCACGCUGCAUGUUCUUCAAAGAUAAGACCAUGUUGUGCACCCAGCAUAAGCUGAAGGGCCCCAGUGACGACGAACUCAGCACAUUUGCUGUUUUACGCCGCGUCUACAUUGAGCGUGAUGAGGUGAAGCAGAUUGCCAGCAUCUUACAGCGAGGGGACCGUAUCCACCUGUUCCGUGUCGGGGGUCUCAUCUUUCAUGCCAUUGGCCAGUUGCUACCCUCCCAAAUGGCCAACUUCCACUCGCCCACUGCCAUCUUCCCUGUCGGCUAUGAGGCCACACGCAUCUACUGGAGCACACGGGUUCCCAACAAGCGCUGUCGCUACCGCUGCCGCAUCAGCGAAGAUGAUGGCCGCCCCUUGUUUGAGGUGCGCGUUUUGGAGCACGGCAUGGAAGAUUUGCAGUACCGCGAAACUACUCCAGAACGCAUCUGGGAACAAGUAGUUCAGCAGGUGGCUAAACUCCGAGAGGAAUCAUCCAUGUUGAAGCUGUUCACUGAACAUGUCAAGGGAGAGGAGAUGUAUGGCCUCACAGUUCAUGCUGUCAUGAGAAUCACUGAGUCGUUACCUGGAGUGGAGAACUGCCAGAACUACCAGUUUCGAUAUGGCCGACACCCUCUCAUGGAGCUUCCACUUAUGAUUAAUCCCACCGGCUGUGCCCGCUCUGAGCCCAAGGUUUCCUCACACUGCAAGAGGCCUCACACUCUAAACAGCACCAGCGUCUCAAAGGCCUACCAGAGUACCUUCACUGGAGAGCUCAACACUCCAUACAGCAAGCAGUUUGUCCACUCCAAGUCCUCCCAGUAUCGGCGCCUGAAAACCGAGUGGAAGAACAACGUGUAUCUGGCACGAUCCCGCAUUCAGGGCCUGGGGCUGUACGCUGCGAAGGAUCUGGAGAAACACACCAUGGUCAUCGAGUACAUUGGCACCGUCAUACGCAACGAGGUGGCCAAUCGUCGUGAGAAGAUCUACGAGUCACAGAACCGUGGCAUCUACAUGUUCCGCAUCAACAACGAGCAGGUGAUUGAUGCCACUCUGACAGGAGGCCCAGCUCGCUAUGUCAACCAUUCCUGUGCCCCCAACUGUGUUGCUGAGGUUGUCACAUUCGACAAAGAAGACAAGAUUAUCAUCAUUUCCAGCCGCAGGAUCCCGAAGGGAGAAGAGCUGACAUACGACUACCAGUUUGAUUUUGAGGACGAUCAGCACAAGAUCCCUUGCCACUGCGGAGCCUGGAAUUGCCGAAAGUGGAUGAACUAAGGAGGAGGAAGGAAAAUGGAGACUUGCCAUCUCUGCUGGCACCAGAACACUCCUGCGCCAAAGCCUUUGAAUCCUACAUAGCCAGUGCAUAAGCUGUUCUGAAAGAUGUGGAGGACGGCUGGCCUCCGCUGCUGAAAGACUUAAAGUGUUGACACCUGUAGCCAAAGGUUUGAAGAGCAUUAAUCAAUAAAAGCAACCGACCACCGAACAUCAGCUGCAGCUUUGAUGGCGGGGCUAACUUUCAUGUUUGGACUAAUGAAUCACCCUUUCCUCAGCCAGACCACCCCUCCUUUUCCUCUGCUAUUUCUCUUCUCAAUAAGCUUACAGUGGCUGGAAAACAAUCCUCAACAUCUACCAAAUGAUUCUGACCCUCUGAUAUCAGUUCUUGUAGUGCAGAGCUCAGCCGGAGCUUCGACAAAAAGCCAUUUUAAAAAUACUAAGAAUGAACUAAGGAUGCAUUUUCACAUUUUGAAGUCGGACCUAUUUCCUGUCCCACCUGACCACACCUCCCCACCCCUCACCUCCCAGAAAAAAAAGGCACUUUCCCAUCAAUGACUCACGCGGAUAUUGGCUAGCUAGACAAUCUUGAUGUGGCUCUGUGUAAGAACUGCAUAUGAUCGAUGGAGGAAAGAAAAAGAAAAAAACGAUGUAAGUAAAUAUAAAAUUUGAGAUGCUAUUUGCUCCAGCGGCACCAGAUGUUCUGACCGCGUGGAGCUCCAAGGUGGGUUAGUCGGACCCAGUCUACCUCACUGAUUUAGCGGAAAGUGACUGCUUUGUAUAAAAAACUGUUAACUGCUACUGUGGAAUUACUCUGUGGGGGUAAAAGGGGGGGUGGGAGCGGCGGCGGUGGGGGGAGGGGGUUGUUUUUAUGGGCUUAGCCUUCUCGGACAAGCAGGGAAUCUUUAGCAGCAGGUUUGCUCUAUCUACUCUAUGCUGAUGAUGAUUUACAAUAAUGAGCCAACAUAAUUAUUAUUCAUGAAUUAUUUAUACAGAGGAAAUAUAUGACAGUUUUGAUAAGAUAUUGCAUUAAAAUCACAAUCAAGCUUAGUGGGUGUCCUGUAUGCCACCAAAUCAUCCUGGAUAUUGAUGUAGCUUUUGCUAUUUUUUUUUGCUUUUUUUCUUCUUAUUUUUAUUUAUGAAUCUCAGAAUCAUGCUAUUAGCUGUGUGAAAGCACAAUAACAUCCGCCUUUUUUGAGUUGCUCCAGACAGUAAACGGUGCGAGUGAACGGCUCAGUCUUAGGAGAAGAUUAUGGAAAUGAAAAAGCAACCGUGUACCCUUUAGCCGGUUGCUUCGUAAAUUGAAGUUUCAGUCGUUUAAAAAGGAGGGAAAAAAACGAGCCAGUGGAUGCAUGACUACUGUCCCAUUUAACGCUUCUUAUUCCCCAACAGCUCGACCUUUUCACAACUCGACCUUAAACUUUGAAUCAUGCCUCUUCCUCUCUGUAUUAUUUAAUGGACUGUUGUUAAAUUUUACUGUAGUAAGUCUUCCUCCGCCUGAGUCCAGCCUGCAGUGUUUCUACUUCUCCCUGUAGUGUGCUUUUUCUAGUGCUGGUACUGUCUUCUUGAGGCUGAACAGAUGGCAGGGAAAGACUUAUUGGAAAAAAGGGCAUUUGUUUUCAUUUCUGUGUAAGAUGAAUGAAAAAAAAAUAAGUCUUUAAAGGGAGCUUUACUGAAACUCCACCUUCCCAUACUACUUUGUUUCCUCCUUCCCCUAACCUAUGACCUCACAUGAUUUAAAAAUGCAAAGUUGUACAAACUGUAAAUAUAGUAUAUGCAUUUAGGGGGACAGCAACUCUUUAUCCAGCCCCUUUGUAAUCAAUAAAGUCAAAAACGUGUAGAAAAAUAAAAUUGAAAAAAAAAAAUCAACCACUGGAUAUCAUUUUAACAAAGAUAAAGCUGUAAAUAAAUAUAAAUAUAUGUAAAAUGGCAAACUAAUAUCUUUAUGUAUAUGAACCAGAGUGUUUUGCAUUUACCUGUUUUUCUAUUAGUGUUUUUUGCUAUAAGCUCUGAGACAAGUUUGUUAAAAUAGGUAUGAGAAAAAAACCGCCCGGUCUUCUCCAAUCACUUGCGACGAGAAGUCCGUGGCGAUCACGGAACCGUUUGGAUUCAUGGCGGAGAGUCGAUGACAUAAGAGACAUAAAAAUCACUUCUUGCAUAAAGCAGUACAAUGGUGCAUAGCAUUUGUAUUUAUGUAAUAUUGUUCGUGUUUAUUUUUCUUUUUAUUUAUGCUACUGCUUGUUGAUUACCAAAACCUGUCCCUUAAUCGGUCACAAUUGGAUUAAUAUAGUCUUGAAUGGAAAAUCUUGAACUCCCUAGAAUACGGUUAGUGUUUUUGCUUUUUUUUAUAUCUUCCCUAUAGAAGUGAAUGUGUUGGUAAACCUUGUGAAAUGGUUACUUGGCCUAAUGUAUGUUAUGAUGUAAUACUCAAAGUUAAUCCCAUACUUAACCUGGUAAUGAAUUGCACUCUCAUAGUAUAACAGAGAACUUCUCUAAAGUGGUAGAUAUUGAUCAAGUAUCCGAAGCAGUUGAUAUAUAUAUUUUUUGGUAUGUUUCUAUUUCAAGGGAAGACCAUGACGAGACAUUAUGCCGCUCUCACUGGAUUUUAGCCUAAAUAAUUUUUAACUUCUCUGAAUCUUAAUUUAAGUUCUCUGCAUAUCUUAUAAUUUAAUAAAAGUUUGCUCAAAUUGAAGGUUUUUUUUAACCUCACCUACUUUUUAAAAAGAUGUUGCAUCUGUACAGCAGAGAUACUUUUAGGGAAUAUGAAUAAAUAUAAUGAUCAUUUUUAUUGUAUGUGGCAUGUUUUGUAUGGAUAUUAUUUUGAAUUGUACAUAUUUUUUUCAGGACGCCAGAGGUUGCAUCUCUUUAUAUACUGGUUUCCCACUCCCUUUCCCCUUCAUCUUAUUUCUUUGUCUGCUUUUGUUUCUUGUAAAGGAAAAUAAAAUGCAUUUUAAAUAUC